UCGCACAUGCAAGGAGAGAAUGAAAUGUGCACUCCUACAUAUAAGCUAUUGUCUACCAAACGCCCAUUGAACAAUGAAAAUGAAAAAUCCAUUUCCUUUGUUACCAUUAAUCCUUCUCCUCUUGGUGGUGGGAUGGAGUGAGGCAGGAAAGGCGAAAGUCCACAUAACGGAUGAUCUUGACGACGUCGUUGACGAUGAAGAAGAUGAGGCUUGGAAGGAAUGGGGCAAGAAAAAGCCAUCCGUUCCUGACGAAUUCGAUCCACCAAAAAUUGAUCAUGACAAGAUGAGCUUGUCUGAGAUCCAGCACGAGAUCAUGAGCCGCCAGUAUGGCCCUGUUUACGGCUUUGUCAAACUCCGAUUAGGAACUCGCCGGACUCGGGAAACGGUGACUGAAAUUACUAAGAAGUGGACAAAAGUUCUAAAAACUGGAGGUAUUGAAGUGAAUUUCAUGGGUGUUGAUCUAGUCACCGUCAUGUUCACCCUGCAAAGAGGCCUAGACAACUUGGAGUUGAAAGAGUUUUUACUGAAUCAACCAGAAGCUUAUGAAGUUAAGAUAGGGGAUCAAGUUUUUCGAAGACCUGGAGAUCCUCCUUUAGACCAAGUUAUUAAGGAGAACCUUGAAAAUGAAGAAAACAAAGAAGUUGAUGAUGCCACUGCACCAAAACAAGAACUCUAGUUGACAAUAAUUUUCUAUAUUAGAUUAGGGAUCAAACCUUACGUACACCUAGAUCUAGACUAAGAAUUGAUUUCCAACUUUGCUAUCUCCAUCACCCACAUCUAAGAAUUGAUUUUCUCUUCAAUUUACAUCCUGCUUAUAUUUUUCAUUUCUCCAUGAA